AUGCUAUCAGAUCUGACUCUUUCCGGGAGAUAUUUUCGCCCGGAUUGGCUCGGCGCGCUCUGCUUCUGUCCGAACCUGCAGACGCUCAGGCUCGAAAAUUUCCACCAAUCAGAGCCCGACGAGUGUGCAGCAGCAGUUGGGUGGGCGGGGGGGGUGCGGCAGGAGGUGGGAGCGGGCGGGCAGCAGAACGGGCAGGAGGAAGAAGAAGGAGAGGGAAAGGAUGAGGAGGGAGAGGAGGAGGAAGAAGAGGGGAAAGCGGAGGGGGAGGAAGGAGGAGGGGAAGAAGGGGGAGAAGGGGAAGAAGGGGCAGAAGGAGAGGAGCAAGAGGAGGAAGGGGAGGGAGAGGGGGGUGAGGGGGGUGAGGAGGAGGACAAGGAGGGUGCGGAUUUGACUGUGAAGCGUUUGGAAAGGGAGAUGUCUGACAUCUCUCUCCCCCCCUCCCGUCGCUUUCUAGCCACCGUCAAAGCCGCAGUCCACCGCUCUAAAACCAUCAAAACCGGUUCCGGCAGCACCAGCACUCCUGCCACACCCAGUCGCGUCAAAGCGAGCCCCAGACCUCCCCAGCCCCCCCCAGGGUUUCUUUCCCCAGUGGAAACUCUACAGCUUAUUCACUGCGACCUGCGCUCACGCCCGUUCUUCCUUGCGCUUCUCGCAGUCUGCGCCAAUUCCACCGCUCUGCACCUUCGCAACUGCUGCGGUUUGGACGACGCCUCCCUCGCCGGGAUCUCGGUCGCCACGAACCGUCGGAUCGGCCGGCUGGCGAUCGAAGGGUGUCCGUUGAUCACGAUGAAGUCGCUAGAAGCGGUGGUGCUGGCGCUGCCGGGGUUGAGGCAGCUUGUGGUGGGGGACUGUGGGGGGGUGAGGGAUGAGGAGAUGGGCGGGGAGUUUGCGGAUCGGAUUUUCACGUUGAAGGAGCUGAAAUGGCAGCCGUCUGGAGAAGCUGAAGUGGCAGCUGUCUGGAGGGAGGUUGGCUUGGCGGGGACAGGGCUGUUUGAGAAAGGCAGGUGGCUGGUGUGGGGGGGGUGA